AUGACCAUAAUAACACAUGUAACAGCCCUGAUUAUACCAGAAGAGCUUCCGACGAUUCUAAGUUUAAUAUAUUCAAAUAUAUCACCAAUCAAAAAAGGAACCGAUUCCAGACUUGGCGUCGGUUUUCGAUUAGGUGAACAUGCUGAUUUUCAAAUCGUCGUUGAAUUAGGACCUCAGACUGAAACAGAUCCGAUAGGUACAUCCAACGAUAUUCAAAGGCGCCGAAAUGUGAUGAUAAAUGCUGCAAUGAAAGGAGAGCUAGGUUCAUUGGCACAAGCGGUGGCUAAAUAUCAAAUAAACCGUAAAAUCCAAAAAGAAUUGGAUGAACUCAAAAUAAUAGAGAACAAACUUAAAACGAUUAAGAUGGAGAAUACAAAAGCUCAAGAU